ACACUACACACUUAAACGAGAGUGGUCGGCCUGAAGCUCCUCAUAGGCAUCAGGAUUGGUAAUUGCAACGAAGACAUGAGUCUAGCAGUAAGCACUUUCACUCAACACUGACACCAGCUCAUCAAACACACACAGAUAAAUAUGGUUCUGCGGACCCCAUUUUGUUUCAUCUGCGCAUGCAUAUCUUGGGCUUAUACUUGGGCAUGGGGUUUUUUGGGCUAAAAGUUCUGACCUGUUGCACAUGGGCAUAUAUGCGGGCAUGGGCGUUAUUUUGGUAUGGAUGUUAUUACGGGCGAAUACGGUAUGCUAACUUCAAGGUUAAUUACAAGUUCUUGUGUAGAGACAGCUGAUGAACGAUGAUAUUUCAGCAGCUGUCCAACUGCAAGCUAUGGAGCGUUCAUACUGUAACAUACUUGGCAUAAAGAGACUUGGCUAAGCAAAGACGACUUAGCCUAAGUUUCCUUUUGGUAAAGACCGUUCACACUGCACGCCUAGAGUCGACUUAGAACAGGCCAUGCACAUGGCAAAGCAUAUCUCUUCUGGUACUUUGCCAGGAAGUUCACUCAUCCUGCCACAAUUUUUAGUGCACUACCUUCACGUGAUCAUCUAGCAAAACAGACUAGCUAAGGCUGAACAUAAGUCACAUCGGGAAGUGCCCUAUCCUAAGGGAGAACAAAGAGACUUAAGUCAGUGUGAACGCAAACAGAUUAUGUCUACUUGGUUUAAGUAGGAGUAAAGGAGGCUUAGGCAUAUAUGUAGUUAUUCCGUUCUUCAUGCAAUUGCAGAGCUAUAAGCAACGGAUAUUUGAUUGCCUGAAUCUUAUAAUUGAACACAGGGUUCAGAUACCUACCUGUUGACAGCUGUGAUGGGAGCCUCCUGACUGUGUUCCUGACUUGUCUGUACAUGUAGCAAUGGUGGACUGGUUAGACAGAUAGCGAUGCACGUGCCCUGUUUGUUGCACAUACAUCAGCGAGACUGCUGUACAUGUGCUCGCUUUAGCCACGCAUUUCUGGACAAAUUCAACUACUUUUAACUGGUCUGUUAAUAAAGUCCCGUUUCUUACUAAGGCUCACAGCUGAAACUAGGUAUGGUAUGGUAUGGUCUAUAGACACACACAAAGUCCUAAUUUCAAAUGGCAUGGUAAAAUGGAAUCAUAUUACUAGAGUCUCAGUGAUUGAAGUCGAUCUUUACAUGCUAGAGGACCAAGACAGAUGUCCAGCUACGUUUGUACGUAAACCACUUUGUCUUCAGGACAGUACAUCAGUGAAGUUUUGGGAAGUAUUGGACUGUCAGUUGAUCAUAUGUCACAGUCUGGGACUGUGAGUAUUAGGACACUUGCAAAUACUGCUUUGUUGCUGAAGCUCAGAGACUGUAGAACUGUUAGUUACAUGUUUGCCCUUCAAGACGAGACAUACUCCAUAUUACAAGCAACAGAGACUGAAUUUGAACUCAAGCAUAAUCUUGAACAAAUUAACAGAAAUAUAGCAACUAUUUCAUCUCAAAAUGAUCGGCUGAAGAGUGCUACUGAUUCAGUCAAUGAGGAGAAAGUAGACGUACUUAAUUCUCUUUCAACUAAAGUUCAAGGUAAAGACUUUCUCUUCAGGAAGGCAGCUGAUUAUUCAAGGCUCCUACACGAGACAGAAUGUGAUCUAAAAGAACGUAGUGUGACUGAUGAUAUCAUGUACAGUCAGUUGGUGAAGCAGUACAUGGAAUUAAAUGAAUUGCAAGAAGAGCUGUUGCCUUUGACAGCACAACUUAAUGCCUAUCAUUCUUUACCUCCGGACAUCUCUCUUACAAGACUGAAAAUUGAGGAGUUGCGCCGUGAACUGGUCAGUUAUGAGUAGUUCUUUCAUUCAGUAGAACUGUAAUAUCUCUAUUGCACUUAUGGAUGCACAGAUAGGAGCAUUUACACACAC